CCACGUCUAAUACACAACAAUUUCAUUUAUCACCACUUGACACACCCCUCCCUAUAUAUAAACCACAUUCAAACCUUUUUCUAUAUAUUUCUCAUUCACUUUCCAAUUCGAAAACAUUACAAAACAAAAAUAAUAAACCUAUACAAAACUUGUCUCAUGAAGAAUAAUAAUAAUACUCCACGUCAAUCAUCUUUCAAGAAGUUCUGCCGGAAACUGUCACCGGAGAGGAAAGAUUCAUCCAGAGAGAUACAGCAACAUAGCAGUAGCAAUGUUGACGACAAGAACAGAGACUUAGAGGCUGUUUUUGCUUACUUGGAUGCAAAUAGAGACGGUAGAAUCUCUGCGGAAGAGCUUCAAAAGAGUUUCACGACACUAGGAGAGCAACUGUCCGACGAAGAAGCCGAAGCUGCGGUCAAACUGUCUGAUACAGACGGAGAUGGGAUGUUGGAUUUCGAGGAGUUUGCUCAGCUUAUCAAAAGAGAUGAUGAUGUGUUUACAGAGGAAGAGAAGAAGAUGGAGCUCAAGGAAGCGUUUAGAUUGUAUAUAUCAGAAGGUGAAGAGUGUAUUACACCAAGAAGCUUGAAGCUGAUGCUAAAGAAGCUGGGAGAGUCAAGAACAACUGAUGAUUGCAAAGUUAUGAUUAGUGCUUUUGAUCUCAAUGCUGAUGGGGUUUUAAGCUUUGAUGAGUUUGCUCUUAUGAUGCGCUAAUAUGAUAGUUAUUAUUAUCACCUCCAAUAUUGUCUUUUUGUUGUUCUUUUUGUUUGAUCUUCUACUGUAUAUAAUGUUAAUGGCUUGUGACGCAAUAAAGAAGAUUGUUAUUUAACGAUA